AUGGAUAUGGCGAAUCUGACGCAGGAUCAUAUCCUGUACGACUCUAUCCUCGAACUUGGCCAGGGUGAUUGUAUCGAUACUCAAUUCUCAACAGUAACUUCUGCGUUCUAUCACCAUGCAAAGAACCAUCCAGACACCACAGCUCUCCGCGAUCUCACGGGUUCCCCAAAGGAGUUGACAUAUCAAGAACUCGCAAACAGGGCACAAAACUUGGCUGCACAUCUCAUUGCUCAAGGUGUCUGCUCGGAAUCGCGAGUUCCCCUUGUUGCUAAAAGGGGAAGUGACAUGGUCAUAGGAAUAUUAGCGAUCCUUUCCUGUGGCGCCCAAUACGUUCCCCUCGAUGGCGGUGUCGUUCCUGACGAAACUAUUCGUCGCGUGUUGGAAGAGUCACAGGGUGGUGUAGUUCUUUGUUUGGCUUCAACAAAGCACCGCGUUGCAUCCUACCUUGGCCAUACUGUGGUUCCUAUUGACCAAAUAGCAACUCCCUCCCUUGAAGAGAACGCACACGUCGACCUUGCAUCACCGGAUAGCGGCUGCUACGUGAUAUACACAUCCGGAACAACAGGUAACCCAAAAGGAGUCGAUAUCACUCACAAGAAUGUCGCCAACCUCGUGUGCUUAUCUCCUGGAAAUCUGGGCGUGGCGGUUGGUACUUGCGUUGGCUCGGUCCUCAACAUCAGCUUUGACAUGGCAGCGUGGGAGAUCUUUGUCUGUCUCUGUAACGGAGGCACACUAGUCCUUCGAGGUUCCAAUUGGGAGUCAACCCUUCAACAGAUCGAUGUGCUCAUAUGCACGCCUACGAUCCUUUCCAGAUACCACCCAACACAGUUUCCCAGAAUAAAGGCUGUUGCCACAGCCGGAGAGCCCACCACAAAGAGACUUGCCGAUUUGUGGGCAGAGCAUGGCACAUAUUGGAACUGUUGCGGACCAACCGAAACAACUAUCGUCAACACCAUGCACAAGCACACUGUUGGAAAGGAGCUAUCAAUCGGUCGACCGACUCCGAAUAACAGAGUUUAUGUGCUCGAUGACGAGGGCAAGCCGACACCUAUGGGCACCGUUGGGGUAAUGUGGGCUGGCGGGCUUGGAGUAUCUCGAGGCUAUAUUGGUCUUGAUGACAAGACAGCAGAGAGAUACAAGCCAGAUCCAUUUUCCAAAGAUGGAUCAGUAAUAUACAACACGGGAGACCUCGGCCGUUGGCAGCCUGAUGGAUCAAUCGAGAUUCUCGGUCGAGUCGACGACCAAGUCAAAGUCAAGGGUUUUCGUGUAGAGUUGGAUGGCGUAACCGCAUCUCUGGCAUCGGCGCCCGGCGUGUCUCAGGCGACUGCGCUAUUGAUCGAUGGAGAGAUCCAUGGAUUUACCACCCCACGAAACUGCGAUGUAACCACGACGAUUAAGCAUAUGCGUAAAUACCAGCCCUACUAUGCUGUACCAACACACCUCCACCCCCUGGACGAGCUCCCCUCAACGCCGAAUGGCAAGAUCGACAAGAACAGACUCAGGGUAUUGGCCUUGGCUGAGCAUAGCACUACCACACAAGCAUGCGAGGGUGAGAAGGUCCAAGAGCCUCGUGUUGAACUCAAGGUCCAACCCUCUAUGUCCACUUUGGCAACUCUUACAGACAAGUUGGACCUCGAACGCGGCAUUCCUGAUAAGACAAUGGCCCGACCGCUUAGAGGUCUAAGACGCAGGAUCUUCAUUGUCUAUCGUACACUGUUCAGUUUGAUCGGAUUACUGAACUUGGCAGCAUUAAUCUGCGUGAUCGCUCUUCGUCUUGAUUCCGAGUGGCUGGGUAUCAUCACCGCCAUCAACCUCGCAGUUACAGUGCUCGUACGGCAGGAGACGGUGAUCAACAUCCUGUACACUAUCUUCUGCUCAGUGCCAAAGAGUUUACCACUCUGGGCCAGGGUUCGCUGCGCCAAGAUUUAUCACCUGGGUGGUUUACACUCCGGUGCUGGUGUUUGUGCUACUGCAUGGCUAGUCAUCUCAACAGUCCGUGGGACAAUCUGCAAUGCAGGUUUCUGCGAAGGUCACGCGACCGUUUCCUUGGCGACACAGGUCGUAUCGUGGAUUCUAUGCGGACUUCUAUGUUCCAUGGUCACCACUGCAUGGCCUUCGUUUCGUAAGCAGUACCACAACGUCUUUGAGCGUUUCCACCGUUUCGCAGGUUGGACGUCGCUGGGUCUGUUUUGGGCCCGUACGAUUCUGGCUAUCAAUGAUUUUCGACCUCGAGACCAUGAUCUUGGGCUCGCCUGUGUCAAGAGUCCAGACUUCUGGCUUUUGAUUGUGGCAACUUUGAGUAUUGCCUCUUCAUGGUUCUUCCUGCGUAAGGUUCCCGUAGAGGCCGAAGUGCUUUCCGAUCAUGCAGUCCGACUACAUUUUGAUUAUACCGUUCCCGUAAACGGUAGUUUCACACGCAUUUCUCAACGCCCGUUGCUCGAGUGGCAUUCUUUUGCAACCAUCCCAAACCCAGAGGCCAAUCAUCACGCCAAGGGCUAUUCGCUGGUAGUCUCCAACGCUGGCGAUUGGACACGUUCGUGUAUCCAAAACCCACCGAGUACGAUUUGGGUGCGUGGUGUGCCGACUUGUGGGGUGAUGCGUAUCUCAACUCUCUUUAACCGUGUCGUGAUUAUCGCCACAGGCUCCGGGAUUGGACCGCUACUGGGACAUAUAGUCAAGCAGCCGUGUCCUACGCAGCUGAUCUGGUCCACGACACGACCUGAAAGCACAUUCGGCAAAGAGUUUGUCAGCCAGGUCCGAGAUGCGCUUCCAGACGCGAUUAUCUGGGACACGAAAGCCCAGGGUCGGCCAGAUCUUGUGCGAAUGGGCUAUAACGUGGCCAAGAACUUUGACGCCGAAGCUGUGAUAAUCAUAGCAAACGAAAAAAUCACCAAAAAGGUCGUGUACGGUCUCGAGACACGCGGCAUUCCGGCUUUUGGGGCCAUCUGGGAUAUAUCUACUGUGAUAAGAAAUAUGCUUUCUUUGCGACGAGUAGUUACGACUGUGGUCCCCUCGGUUGGGCGCCAGGCUCUUCGGGCUGUGCCUGCAAGCACAAGGCUGUACUCUCAGGCCAUUGGCCCUUUGGUAUAUGACUUACAUGAGCCUGCCCAACCAAAGACAGAUAAGAAGAACUCACCUAUUCUCUUCCUUCACGGUCUGUUUGGAUCAAAGAAGAAUAACAGAGCUAUCAGCAAAGCUUUGGCUCGCGAUUUGGGAAGAUAUGUAUAUGCACUCGAUCUCAGAAACCAUGGCGAAUCACCCCAUGACACUCGUCACGACUAUAGUGCCAUGGCUGAGGAUGUAGCUCAGUUCAUUGAGGGCCACGGUCUCAAGGAAACAACUCUCAUCGGUCACUCAAUGGGAGCCAAAACUUCCAUGACUCUGGCACUUCGCUCUCCAGACCUUGUGUCUGAUAUUGUCGCCGUUGACAAUGCCCCAGUGGAUGUCUCACUCAGCAGAGAUUUCCCCAAGUACGUCCGCGCCAUGAAGAAGAUCCAGGAAGCUGGUGUCAAACGCCAAUCCGAAGCCGACAAGAUCCUCAGCGAGGUUGAACAGUCUCUGCCUAUCCGACAGUUCCUCCUCGGCAACAUGCACCUGCCCGAAGGUGAGAAGGUGCGCAAGUUCCGCAUCCCUCUUCACACCCUUGGCAAGGCGUUGGACAACCUUGGAGAUUUUCCAUACAAGAACCCCAACGAGAUUCGUUUUGAGAAACCCGCCCUGUUCGUUCGAGGCACACAAAGCAAAUAUGUACCCGAUGACGUGCUGCCUCUGAUUGGGCAAUUCUUCCCCAAGUUCCGACUCGUCGAUGUCGAUGCUGGUCACUGGCUCAUCUCGGAACAGCCUGAAGCGUUCAGACAAGCUGUGGUUGAGUUUCUUCAGAAGCCUGAGUGA